ACUUACGUAUCCCUAGUCUUUCUCAAUUUGUUUUCAAUUGUUGUUGAGUGCGGAUGUUUUGCUGCUCUGCGCGCUGUGUCCGAAAAAAAGAGAAAAAAUACUAGAAAAAACGAGCAAAAUAUAAAUAAAUAAUAACAAAUUAAAGAAGAAGAAGAAAAUUAGUGUGGAAGAAAUAGCAAAAAAAAAAAAAGAAAUAUUACAUAGCUACUACGGUUGGAAAAUAUUACAGAGUGUAAAUUAGCAGAGAAAUCCAACGGGAAAAACGCAAUUAAGUAGUUCAAAUCGGUAAAUCGGUGGGGAUGACGGAUAAAAACCCACAAUAACAAGAACAAUUUAAAAAGAAAUCUUAACAAAUCGUGUAUUUUCUCGUUAAGAGAAAUUCCUGAAUCAAAGCAAGCAACAAUUGUUAAUAAAUUAAAAAUAUAAUCUAUUUGUUUGGCUUCGCGACCAAAGGAAUUCUGUGUAAAUUUAUGUGUGUUUGUGUGCAAUUAUUGUCAAAAAUAACAAAUAAGAAAAAAAUCUGCUUAAAAUCCUAACCAUUGCAAUUGCGUAAAAAUAUUUGUUGGCCGUGUGAGUUGUGCAGCAAAGCAAACAGCAAAACAAGUGUGUUGAAAUAAGAAGAAACGUGAGUGUGUGUGAGCGUUGUGUGUGCGCCUAAGAAGGGGUUACACAGAGAGGAGGAAAUAAUCAGAAUUGUGAAGUAGUUGUGUGAGGUGGCCUUUACCUUAUUUUUUGUGUGUUGUUUUUCUUAUUGGACCACUUGCCAUCUCUCCUGUUGGGCAGAGUUGUCCCUGGCGCCAAAUAAAAAAGGAAGCAAAGAAAAAGAAGAAUUGUUUGCUAUUUGAAUCUCAUUUAAAUUAAAUUCGGUGUGUCAAAUUCGGUUUUUUUUUUAAAUAAGUUUCUGUGAAGUUUUUUGAUUUGCUCAAGUAAAACCAAACAAGCGAAACAGCCUAAACAUUCAGUUCGUAUUUAUAUAUCCGACCAGUACGAAAAUCAACAACACGGAUACAUAUCGAACUGCUCACAAAGAUCCCUCGCCUCCGCCCGAUACGGAAUUUUUCGCCGAAGCCAGUUCAACCAGUGACGACGAUUUCAAUUAUAUCAGUCAAAACGGCUCCAUACCGAAUAUUAAGCCCCUUAAGACCACCAAUAAUAAAUUAUCCUCGGCUAUUUUAGCAGAGACGUCAUCGUCGUCAUUGCGACGUCCCAAGUCAGCAACAACAACACCACCAUCAUCGUCCGGAUCAACAUCAUUGACAUUUCCAAUAUCGUCGUCGCCACCAUUGCCAACGGCCUCAAUAGAGGAUAUAAUACGCUAUAGGCCAGUUGCACCACCAACCGUAGGAGAUUUCGCGAAAAACAACAACAACACCAACGCUAACAUCAACAGCAGCAGCAGUAGCUUGAACGGCCACAACAUUAUUGCUAAAAACAUGGCCAUGGUACGCAAAAAACAAGAUGACAAAUAUCUGGAAGCAUUGCGUGAAUUGAUUACCACGGGUGGUGGUAAUCGUCAAUGCUUCGAUUGCGGACAAAAAGGACCAACAUACGUCAACAUGACAAUUGGAUCAUUUGUUUGCACACGCUGCUCUGGAGUACUGCGCGGCUUAACUCCUCCACAUCGUGUCAAAUCGAUUUCAAUGGCCACCUUCACACAGGACGAAAUUGAUUUCCUUAAGGCACAUGGUAAUGAUGUUUGUGCCAAGACAUGGCUGGGUCUGUGGGAUCCCAAGCGAGCUGUGCAUCAGGAUCAGCGUGAACUAAUGAUUGAUAAAUAUGAACGUAAACGUUAUUACUUGGAGCCAGCUAGUCCUCUAAAGUCCCUGACAAAUGCCACAAAUCUUAAGACUUCAUCUUCAUCAUCGACAGCAGGAGCAACGACAACAACAUCUACAGCAUCAUCAGGAUCGGCCACAUCGAACAACAAUCGCAGCAACAGUAACAGCACACACAACAGCAGCAGCAACAACAACAACCAUCACCACACCCACAUACAACUAACUCCGCCCACUUCACAACGUACCACAGCGAAUGGCUUGCAUAAAUCCUCCUCAUCGGCCAUAAGUCGUCCACAUCACAGCGGUAACAGCACCACCACAUCCCAGCAGAAUGGCUUCAAUACAGACGCCUUUGGCCUACACAAUGGCCUAAAUCUGUCCGUGGGCUCAGCAUCGACUGGCGCCCUCUCGGACACCAGUAGCUGUGCCAGUGCAAAUGGAUUCGGUGCUGAGGCAGAUUUUGUUGCCGAUUUUGGUUCAGCCGACAUCUUCAAUGCCACCGUAGCCAGUAGCAGCCCAGCCUCGUCGGUGGGCUCAUCGUCGACCAACAACAUCAACAAUGGUUAUGCCAAAAUACAACAGCCACUGAGGUCGUCCGGAGGAGCCACCAGUGCCCAGCAGCAGUUUAUGAAUGGCAACGGCAAUAGUUUCUCCAGCAAUGGCGAGAAUUUUGCGGACUUCGAUCAUGCUCCAAUUUAUAAUGCGGCAGGUCCAAAUCCCCUGGCCGAUAUAGCCGAGGAGCCCAACUAUCAAUUUGUACGAAAAAAUGCCGUACGCAAGAAAUCCCUUAGAUCCGAGUCCUUGACAAUAAAACCCAAUGAACGUCAAUUAAAGGAUAUUCUUGAAAUGGAUAAUCCCAUGCACUAUGAGGACGAUGGGCAGCAGCAGCAACAGGAUUAUAUACAGUUUACACCGAACGAAAGCUAUCUAAAGGCCACAAGUGAUUUCAAUAGCAUAAUUGAGGAUUUCGAGAGAUUUUUAACAAUGAAUGGCCACAAAUAUUUAGACGCCGGGGACCAACAACAAAAGGGGGAGCAACAGGCGGGCGGUGAUUUUAUUGCCAUGAUGCAGGCCCAACAGAGGCAAAUGACGGCCAACACCAACACCUCCACGACGAAAUUUACUCCUUUGGCAUUGGCAGCCCAUGCCACAGCCAUGGCUGUGUUGGGUAAUCAAAAUCAUUUCAAUACACCAGCCCCGCCACCACCGCCCUCAACUACUACCUCCAGCAACGGCUCAAAUUUAAUGACAUCAAAGAACACUUCAUUAAAUGCUCAAUGGGAUGUUUGGUCUCUGGAUGGUAGCAGCAACACAACCUCCAUGCGCAGCAAUCAACCGCAAAUGGCCACUGGGCCAGCAGCAUGGCAGACAACAACAAGUCUGUUCGAUAUAAAAGAAGAGCAACAACAAACACAGCAAUCGAUAGGCAUGUCCUUAUUUAGCAGCAACAGCAACAAUGGUGGCAAUAUCCUUAACCCGUCCAACACCACAACCUCUUUCUUUGCCACCGGCCCCAGUACCUCAGCCACAACAAAUCUGAUACCAACGACGGCAAUGGCAGCAACAGCAUCCUCAUCCGCAUCGGAAACGAAAACCGGCACCAGUAUGUUGUCCAAUUCAAAUCCUUUUCGUAUGCAUCUCGAUGUUGUUUGUUUCGAUGAUGAUGCUGCAUUAAAUUUAUUUAACAACAACAACAAUAAUAAUAACAGUAACAACAAUUUUAAUAGCCAAUCUCCAUAUUCUGCAUCUUCUGUUUCUUGCAUUGCAACAACAAAAACAAAUAAUAAUUUUGAUUUUAUUAAAAAUUCCAAUUCCAAUUUUGAUUUGUUUAAAGAUGAUGUUGAUGAGAAUUCUUUCGACAACAACAAUCAGUUUCCUCAUAAUAACAACAACAACAAGAAUCCUUUUAGUCCUCCUCAGACUCCGCCUCCUACUCCCCCACCUCCCACCGAAUUUUCUCUACCAACAAAUGAUCCUGUCCCAUUCGCCGCCGCCACAUCCAACUACUAUGAUCCCUUCUCAACCGACCAUAUACUGCAGCAACAUCCCAACCUACUUUCCUCCUCCUCCACAGCAACAGCAACAACAACAAUAUCACUAUCCCCCUUCUCCUCCCCAUCCUCGUCAUCUACCACCUCCAAGCGCCCCCACAAAGUUGUUGAUUUUGUUGAUGAAAAUGCAAAUCGAAUUCCACAAAAUCUAUUCAAUGCGAAUUCAAAAACUAAUUACCUCAAUUCGAAACUGGAAGUGGCUGCAGCCAGCAACAACAACAAAAACAAUAUUUUAAAUUCAAAUAUUCCUCUUUCGAAUCUCUCAAAUGAAAGCCAGAUUUCUUCUAUUUCCUCCAACACGACCUCCACCAUCAACAACUACAACAGCAACAGCCAAUUAUUAAAUUAUCAUAAAAACAAUGAUUACAAUAACAACAACAACAAUAACAAUGAUUGUUGGCGUCUUCCAAUGUCCAAUGGCAUUACCAUUAACAAAAAUUCCACCACAAAUGGCUUUAACAACAACAAUAAUAAUAAUAGCAACGCCAGCACAUCUCCUGCAGCCCCAGCAGCGGAUCGUUAUGCCGCCCUCAAAGAUUUGGACGAACAGUUGCGGGAAAGCAAAGCAGUUGCAGCCCAGGCGGCAUCGAUUGUCACGGCAAAUGUCGUGGAAUCUGGUUUUGGAAAUCCUACCAAUGGCACAGUGAAUCCCUUUGCCGCUCACAACCCAGCUGUGGCAAAUCCAUUUCAAAGCAACGGCAAUGCUCCGAAUGCAACACAAUUGUUUGGUCAAAUGACACUGAUACCAAAUGGCAUGGUGGCAAAUGGUUUUCUCAAUGGACAAAAAGCUCAGGUCAAUGCGGGAUUUUUCAAUUAUACCGCCAAUGGUUUUGCGACCACCAAUAACAACAAUAAUGCCAGUAAUAUGAAUCCAACAGCCGUGGCAGCGACAGCAGCAACAACACCUGGAGUUCCCGGCGCAACAACAAUGUAUUCGACAGGAAUACCAAAUGGUUGUGGCUUUGGUUUUGGUACAAUGCACCAACAACAGAUUGCAGCCACAGGAGCUGGUCUAACGGCAAAUGCUUUCAAUAAUCCUUUUGCGGCUAGUGGAGCUCUAAACUCAAAUAAUCCAUUUUUAUGAGAUUUACGAAGCCUUAGAUACGCCAAUGAUCCUUUGCUAAACUAUGAAAUGCUUAGACGUACCUAAGCCGACCCUCAACGUUUGUAGUUUAGUUAAGAAACAACCUUCUCCAUUUAGUUUUUAAUUUUUGAUGUUUAAUACCCAUGAGGAUGAGCGACCCAUCCGCUGUCUUCUCCCCCGACCCCUCUCUAUAUCUCGUAUAAAACUAAAACUGUGGUUUAUUUCAUAUUAAUUACAUAUAUAUUUCUAUUUUAAAUUUUUGAUUUUUUAAAACAAAAGAAAUUCUCUACAUUUGUGGCCUAUAUUCCUCAAUUUAAGGCAUCUUUCCCCAAUAGGGAAAAGGCCCGGGGAAAAUGGCCACAAAAGACUUAUAAAUAAAAUAGGCUGCAAAUAUAAAAUAUAUAAAUUUUCCUUAUACAAAAAAAAUACAGAAAAUAAAAAACAAACCAACAGAGAAGAAGAAAAAUCUAAAGCCUUAUCUAAACCAGAAAGAAUAGUCCAUUUUAUGAACAAUAGUUAUAAAUAUUAUAUUAUAAAUAAAAUAUAUAAUAAAAAAUAAUUAUAAAUAUAAAAUACAAUUAUAUAUAUACAUCCUCAAAACAAAAAUUACAACAAAUUACAAAUUGAUUAUAGAAAGUGAAAAAAAAACAUGUUACAAACAAGCGAACAAAAUUAAAAAUAAUUAUAAACGAAAAAUAACUAACAAAAUGAAAACAUUUCUAUAAAUAUAUAUAUUUUUUCUUAAACAAGCAAAAAAACAAAACAACAACAAUCAAAAUUAAUUUAAAAAACAAAUACAAGAAAAGUAAAAAAACACUUCAUUGACAAAAAGUAAAGAAAAACGAAACAUCAAAUAUUUUUAUUAUAAAAAAAGAAAUUAGUUAAAGAAAUUAGAAAUCAAUUUAAAUAAAUAAUAAAAGAAAUUUAUAAUUAUACAGGGUGACCCCCAAAUGUGUGAAUCAAAAUCAAAAGUAUUCUAAAUUGAAAUGUAAGACCUAAGAGAAAUUAUUUAAGAACUCUAAUCAUUGUUAAAAAAUUUUUGAUUGCAAAAAUUCAAAUGCUAAUUUUGUAAACUUAGAUUUCCCUUGUUUUAUGUAUUUCUGAAAUCAUAUCAAGCCAUUCUUUAAAAAAUCGAACCCUAAAGCCUCUUUAGAAAAAUGUUUAAAAAAAAUCAACAAUAUUACCGAACAUGUGCAGGUAUUUAAAAGACUUCCGUCAGACACAGAUGUCAUAGAUUAUUUCUUUAAUCUAUUAUUUUAUCCAUAGUGGGGAGUCAGUUGUAUAUAAAUAUUUUAUAUUUUAUGAAUAUUAUAUUUUAUAAAUAUUUUGUGAACAAUACCUCGAACGGAGGUAUCUCCUCUUUUCAGACCUUGGGAAAAAUAACUAUGGCAUUGUUAUAGAAUCAAAAGAAAUAUUAAAGAUUUAUUAUUGGCGGCUAUAAUGGAGUAGUUUUUAAACGAUUAAUUUAAUAUAUCUUAAAGAGUUUACGACCAAAAGAACUUAACACCCCUUAAGAAUAAAAAUUAAAUUCCAAAGGGUAAAGUUUUUUUGAAAAGAUCAAAAGGAGAUUUUAAUUGGUGGUCAGAGCAGGAGUCUUGGUAGGUCCAUUGAAACAUGAGAUAGAUCAAUAGACACGCUAGAAAAAUUAGUUCUUAAUUAUCAGAUUAAAAUCAACCAAAAGGGGAGACCCUCUUGUGCGGACAGGAAGAUCGUUGUUAUGGGAGAAUUAAAGUUGACCUUUUAGUCUGCGGUCUUAAAACGAUUUUACAUAACCAAAAAUUAGUAGUACGUAAAUUAAACUCGUACAGUUUCAGAUCGUAUAUCUAUCCCAGUGGUAUAUAUUUUUUGUGAACAAACGGAGGUAUCUCCUCUUUUCAGACUUUGGGAAAAUUAACUAUGGCUUUGUUAUAGAAUCAAAAAGGAUAUUAAGGAUUUAUUAUAGGCGGCUAUAAUGGAGUAGUUUUAAGUGAUUAUUUUUAUAUGCCUUAAAGAGUUUACGACCAAAAGAGAGAACAUAAUACUCCUGAAUCAAAUUCUUAAAAAUCAAAUAUCAAAGGGGCAAUUUUUUGAAAAGACCAAAAGGAGAUUUUUAUUGGUGUCCACAGCAGGGGUGUUGAUAGAAGUUCAAAGGAUACUAAAAUUAGGCAUGGAAGAGUCAUCAUUGACAAGCUGGAAGAAACCAUUCUAAUCUGAAAGAUUAAAGUCUAGAUCUAAACAAAACGCAGAGACCCUCUUGUGCGGAGUGGAAGAUCGUUGUCAUGGGAGAGAUACGGUUGGCCUUUUAGUCUGCGUCCCAAAAACGCUUUUACAUAAUCAAAAUUUAGUAUUUUAGGCAACGAAAAAAGUGUACGAUUAUGUCAACAGAAGUUAGUAUUUGUAGACAUUCCGAUAAGAAUAACUCCAUGCGAUCAAGAGUCUCUGUAUGGCAAGAAUAAUGACUUUAAGGUGGAUCUUAGUUGACCACAUUAAAUUUGGAAAAGGGUCGCCAUAAUCGUGUUUAAGUUAAACUUCUUAAAACCCACAAAAAUGUCUUUUAAUAAAAAUGUCUUCUCACAAUCUCAUAAAUGGCCCUCAAAAAACCCACAAAAGAAAACUUCUUUAAACUUCUUUAAACCCACAAAAGAGUCUUUAAAUAAGAAUUUCUUCUUAUAAUUUCAUAAAUGACCUGCAGAAAGUAUUUUAAAAAUAUCAGUUAUGAGAGUUUUGUUAAAAUUUGAAAAUGGCAUAUUAAGUCUAUAAAGAGACUUGAAGUUGUAUUUUCUAAAUGUUUCUUAGAGAGUUUUUAUAGACAAGCAAAAUAUAGACUUAAUUGGGAAACGACCACAUUGAAGGCCGUUUAAGCCGCAGAUAAAUUCAACAAAAAGGUGUUUUUAGAUGUCACCCAAAGCCAUUACAUCAUCACAUUAGAUAAAGGUAUUUUGAAGAAUAAAGAGGAGAAAGUCUUUGUCUACGAACAGAAUGGAAAAUUUGCAAAAGACCCGAAAUAAUUCUUUAGGCUCAAAUUUGAUAAACUGAACAUAUCCCAUGUAAAGUCUAUCGAAUUAUAGUACCAUUAAACCGACAAAAUAUAAAGAUUUGUGGACUUUAAAUAGAAAUACUCUUUGGUCCUUCAGAAGGGAUUAUUUUGUCCUCCAGAAGCAAAUGUUAAUAGACGUCCAGUCCAGUUUUUGAAGACGACCGGCUCGAUGUAUUCUAAGAUGUAUUAUCAGGUAUUGCAAAAGGAUCUAUAAGCGGGCUUAUUGUUGUUCUUUAUAGACGAUCUGAUGUAAGUUUCGGUAAAUGAUCAGAAGGUACUCUUUACGGAGUAUCAUUUUUAGUCUUUAUGGAUGAUUAAAAACCAGUCGUAAUUAACAUCCAGCCUAGGUUUAGACUUUUUAGGCUACCACAGGGAAGCCGAAUACGCGAUGAAAGAAAAUAUUGGAUUCAAAACUGUUUUUUUUUUGAUACGUGUCUGGAUUAUAGUCUCCCAGUUCGAAGUGCAUAUAGGGGGUCAGAAGGUACUAUCAUUGAAUAAGGCAAUAAUAAUAUUAAUAUCCAAUACUUGAUUUUUUUGACAGACGGUCGAAUUUUGUCCUUCUACCUGGAAAUGGCUAUAGGGGACCAUAGAGUAUUCGAGUCUCCUCCAAACUAAGAGGAUUUAUAAACUACAUAAAAUUUGUUCAUCGCCUGGUGUACGAAAAGAGACAUAGAAAGAAUAACAAUUUUAACACCUCUUCCAAACCCUGAAACACCAGCAGAUAUGUUAGUCCAUUUUUGAUAAAACCCAGAAUUAUUAUUGAAAAUAUUCUCAUGCUAAGUUUUCCGAAAAAUAAAUAGCGUUUUUACGGCAAAGGGUCAAUAUAUUAGAACACAAUGGACCUAAGGUCUCCCAAUGAAGCAGUGUAGCUCCUCAUCCCAAAACCAUUUCGCCUCGGACUUUUUCUUCUAUUAAAGAAACCCAAAUUCUCAAUGAAUAUUAUAUUUUAAAGUUCUUAUGGGAGAUCGUAACUUUUAGCAUAUUUUCCUAAUAAGAAGACUUUUUAUAUAUAUUUUUAUAUAUUUUUCACACAUUUCGGAACACCCUGUAAUACAAUAAAAAAUAGCUAAAAUAAAAACUAAAAAAAAACUUUAAAAAGUAAAAAAAAAAACACAAAAAACUAAAAAUGCUUUAACACAUUGUAAUUAAUAAAUGCAAUAACAAAUUAAGUAAACCUAAUAACAACAAAAAAGAUAAAAUUAUAAAUAUUUUUAUUUAAUUAAAAAAAUAAUUCAUCUCUCGUCCCUUAAAUCAACAUUGAUGAUAACAAUCAAAUACAUAUAUUUGUUAUAUUUGAAAUUAAGGAAAUAAAAUAACAACAAAAUCACUUAACUGGCAGCCAUCCAAAACAAUACCUAUUCCUUUUCUCUUGGAGAGGAGAUAACUUUUUGUUAACAAAAAAGAAAAAACUAAAACAGAAACAAAAAUGAAAAAAGAACUAAUAUGAAAUAUGUUUAGAACAAGAUGUUAUUGCCUUAUAAAUAUUUUGCUUUAAAAAUAUUAUUUUGACAAUUUCAGUUUUAGUUGCAAAGUUCAAAUUUGUAGAAAAACGUUAUUUGGUUGCUUCAAUUCGCAAUGCUAGUUUUCAGGUAUUUUAAAAUUGCCAAUUUUGGGGCCGAUGUGUUUAUGUUGAAAGAAAAAAUAUCAAUUUUUUAGAUCUGUUGCCAAAUUCUCCCAUUCGAUAUGGAAAGAUUAAAGUUAAGGUUCCGCUAUUAACGAAAAAAAAAUAUUCAAUGUUAGAAUAGAACACUAGUUACUUCUACCGAAAUUUUCCAUUAAAUCGAGCUAAAAUUAAUUUAUAAAAAUUAAUUUUAAUCGAAAUUUUUUCAAUAUCGAAUCAGAGAAUUUGGAAAAAAAAAUUCCGAGAAAUGUUUUUUAUUAUUUUUUUUAUAAAGAUUAAUUUCAAUCGAAUUUUUUUUCAAUAUCGAAUCAGAGAAUUUGGAAAAAGAUCUAAAAAAUGUUUUUUUCUUUUGACAUAAACAAACCAGGUUUACAAUUGAUAUAACUAGAUUUUUGCAGAUAAUGUAUUCUCUUUUGAAAUCACUACGUCUUAAAAGGUCGAUAAUUUCAUAUAUGGUCUAUCCACAGUUUGGAAAACCCAUUGUCAAUAUAUGACAAUAUUUUGGGGAAUUCAAAAUUUCUUUUUUUUAAACACCUGAAAAGAAAUUUUCCAACUGGCCCUAAAAUUUGCAUAACAAGGUUUUUGCAAAGAAAGUAUUCUCUUUUGAAAACACUUCGCCUUGGAAAGUCGAUAAUUUAAUACAACUUCUAGCCACAGAUUGGAAAACCCAUUGUCAACAAUAUUUUGGGGAAUUCAAAAUUUCUUUUUUUUAAACACCUGAAAGGAAUUUUCUGUAAUUAUGUUAUUCCACCUUACCUCAAUCCGAUAUUUUUUAUUACCUUAGUUAAGGUAUCCAAAAUUGAAUAGCAGUGAGGUCUCACAAGACAUUACAAUCACCUAAGACAAAUUUCAAAAUUGUUUUUUUUUUAUUAUUUUUUGUUUCUGUUUUAGUUUUUUUUUUUAAUUCUCCUCAAAACGAUAUUCUCAUUUUAUCGUUUUUUUUUUUGUUGUCUCGCUCUUGUAAAUUUCCUGAAAACCCCCUGUUUUUAUUAUGUUUACUUUUUGUCAUUAAGUUUUAAAAAAUAAUUAAAAAUAUAUUUCUAAUUAUUUUUCUUUCUCUUUGUAAUUUUAAAAACCUAAGUUUUUUUGUUUUAACGCAUUGUUCUCUUAUCUAAGAAAAAUAAUAAUAUUUGUUGUAAUUUUAUGCAUAUUGUCCUUAAACGAGAAAUGUUUAUUGAAAAUUUGAUUAUGGUAUUACAUUUUAUUUUCCAUUAAAACAAAAAAACUAACAAAAUUUAUAUUUUAUUUAAUUUUUUAAAUAAUAAUAUUAUUAUUAUUUUUAAUGGCGUGAUGAUGAUUAUUAACAUAUACCUAUCAUUUUAUAAGUUUUGUUCAUUUUCUUUAUCCUGUAUUUUAUGCUAAAUUAUAGACCACAAUCAACAUAACCACACCAACACACACACAAAGCAAAAAGAAAACACAUUUUAUGUUUUAUAUUUUUAUGUUUUAUUAUUAUUAUUAAUAAACAAAAACGAAAAAUAUUUAUCGAAAAUAUAAA